CUUUUAUCCUCCAGUUGAUGAGCCUUCCAUUGGCGCUGAAAAACUGGAUUUAUCUGAGCAUCCUGAAAGGAAAAAAAUAUUCAGUGGAAAAACUUUUGUAUUUCUAACUGCCAAGCAGCACAAGAAACUGGGUCCAGCAGUUAUUCUUGGAGGAGGGGAAACAAGGCUAAUGACAGAAGGAAGAAAAGAAACCUCUUUACUAGAAUCUCCUGAAGUUUGUGUUGUUGAUGUGGGGUUGACAAACUCUCAGAUCUCAGGAUCUGGCUCCAGAAACUGGACUGAUUCCAUUCUGAAUGUCUUGCAAAGCAAGGAUCUCAGGGCUAUUCCAGAGGCAGAAAUUGGAUUGGCAGUUAUCUUCAUGUCUACGGAAAAAUACUGCAACCCUCAAAAGCAGCCUGGUAAUAAAGCUGUAACUAAAAGUACUCCUGCAUCAGCUGUUGUAGGGCGAGCCAUUUCUCAGAGUUUGGCUGUGAAUGAAACCAUAAUGCCAACUGCUGCAGAUAACAGCAUGGUAUAUGUAGCUGAUACAGAAAUAGGAGAGCAGACAUGUAUGGAGAUAGAGAAUACUCCCCAAGUGGAUAGACAAGGGAAAAUGGCUUUCCAGGAUAUAACUGCUGUAAAGAAACACCCUAGCACAAGUGGCAGUGUAAAUGCUGGAACAUUGAUACCUAGAGUGAACAGAACAUCUGGAUUUAGUCAAAAAAGCCAUCCUGUCUCGCCAUCUAAAAUUUCAGAAGCUGGUAAACCUAGUGAGUGUGCUUCACGUCACCAGUCUAACUCAAUUACAAAUUACUUCCCCGUAGCUAGAAAAAGGUAUGAUGAAAGGAUUUUUGAAGGAGAAGAAACAUCUGUACCCAAACUAGCAAAACUGGAGAAAAGGUCAUCGCCUGUUUCCAAGUGCUCUGAACCCACAGCUUCGUCAGUGGGGAACAGCAAAGCAGAACAGCAUCAAAAGGAAAGGAACAUUCUGGACCCAACCCCAAAUUUUGCAUUAGAAGACACAGGUAUAAAGCUUACGAGGGAAAGCGGCAAACUAGCAAGUGAUAAAACAGACAGCAAAACUACUUCUAGUGAAAAGCAUGCACCAAAGAAGAGGAAGGAGUUGGACGAUUUAUCUGAAGAUACAGAGGCACUAGAAAUUGUGUUUGGAAGCAGAGACGUAGACUGGGAAGAUCAAAUGGCAGAUCAUGACCGGGUAGCUCAAGGAAAUGCACAGAAAAAGAGAUGUUUGGAAGACAAAGGCAGCAGAAUUCAAGAAGUAAAUGCAAAGCAGAAAGAGGAGAAUAAAAUAUUGAAAGAAGAUGAACUUGGAUCAGUUCUAACUUCAAAAAUGAAAAUGGAGAUCAAGCAAGAGCCACCAGUCUUGGUAAGAAACAAGAUAAUUCACCGCGGUGAUCUGCAGGAUGACUCCAGCAAUCUUCCCAGCAGACUGCUGUUAACUGAAUUCAGAUCGCUGGUUGUCAGCCAUCCAAGACGGAACAGUCUGCUUACUAGAAAUAGCAGCUAUGGGGGAAAGAAGAAUUUCAAAAUGUUCAAAAAGGUAGCUUAUCCAGGGUCAGGACAACUUCCAUACAUUAUUGGAGGAUCUGAUUUGAUUGCUCACCAUGCUAGAAAGAAUUCAGAGCUAGAAGACUGGUUAAGGCAAGAAAUGGAGGAACAGAACCGUCUUGCAAGAGAAGAAUCACUUGCUGAUGAUCUAUUUAGGUAUGAUCCUAAUGUGAAAAGGAGAAGAUAA